CAGUGCUAUCAUCAGAUUUGACUUCACAAUCAAAUAUUACACAAUGGCUCCCUCAGAGAGAUGCAUCAUUACUGGUUGAACAAAUGAGUGACUGUGUCUUCGCAACAAACAUCUGCCAGGAAUCUGAACAGUGCAUGCUGUUGUAUGAGGAGUUUAAGAAAAAGUGUGGGAGAGAAUCAAAACAAUGCAAGACACAUGAAGGAAGCCACCUUUGUGUAGCAUUAAGAGAAAGUCUGAAAGAAACGAUCUUGUGGAAUUGUCAAUGCAAUGACCCUUUGAAAGUAGGCUGCAUUGAAAUUUGGAAAAGUUUGUUUGAAGACAUAUGUGUACAAGAUUCUCAAAUAACUCAAGUUCCAGGCUUCAGUAAAGGGCAUGAAGAUAGAUUCAACCAGAACAUCAUUUCAGAUAACAUGAAAGAGGAUAAUAAAUUCAAGUGGAAUCUAAGUACUCUUUCCUAUCAUGAAACCAAAGGGAUCCAGUCCUGUUUGGAAGUGACAGAGGCGUGCGUAGGGGAUGUGGUCUGUAAUGCUCAGUUGGCCCCCUACCUUAAAGCUUGCUCAGCAAAUGGAAAUCUGUGUGAUGUGAAACACUGCCAAGCAGCCAUACGGUUCUUCUAUCAAAACAUGCCUUUUAACAUUGCCCAGAUGUUGGCUUUCUGUGACUGUGCUCAAUCUGAUAUACCUUGUCAACAGUCCAAAGAAGCUCUUCACAGCAAGCCAUGUGCAGUGAACAUAGUUCCACCCCCUACUUGCCUCCAUGUAAUUCACAGCUGCCGACAUGAUGAAUUAUGCAGGCAGGACCUCACUUGUUCGGGAAGUGAUGACUGCAAAGCUGCUUAUAUUGGUACCUUGGGGACAGUCCUUCAAAUGCAGUGCACCUGUAGGCCUGUUGCCCAAAGUGAAGAAUCUCUGUGCCAUAUUUUUCAGCACCUGCUUCAUAGUGGAUCCUGUUUCGAUCAUCUGAUGCUGUCUAGUGUCAACAGCAUUGCACUGCCUAAAAGAAAACAUGCAAAGGAAACCACUCUUAGUGGAUUUCAUUCCUCCUUCAAUGGAGAAAUCAUCUAUGCUGUCUUGUGCAUGGCAGUCACCUGUGGAAUCCUUCUUUGGGUUAUGCUCAAGCUGAGAACUUCCAGAAUAUCAAGUCAAACAAGAAAUCUCUCACCAAUCCAAAUACCUAGAGGACUUACACUUCAUCAAGAGUCGCAGAUCAUUAACAACCAUAUUCUUUUAAGCAAGUCUUUGUAGUCAACAGAAUAUUGUCAGUCAUCAAUAAGGCAAAUGUUAAGAUGGAUUUAAUGAUAUUGGAUCAUUAAGUAUAAUCAUGUAAGGUAUAGUAAUAUGGCAUGAUGUUGGCUUUAUUCUGAAGAAAAAAGUCAAGCGCUA